AUGAGUUUCACCUCAAUGAUGAGUCCAAGAUGCUCGACAUGUUUGAUAGAAAAUCAAGAUUUAAUAACCUUUAAUGCUGCGGUAAAUGUUUCUUUAACAAAAAGAAACUACACCCUGCGCUUUACUGCUGAUACAAAUACAAGAGACGUACAUCUCUGCAUUGUAAACCUCAAACAACAAUGUGAGAAGCCAGUAGUUCCAACCUGUUACUGCAGUAAAAUAGAACCCAAUGGGUUGUAUAACAUUGUCGUUAACAUAACAGCUACGCAGCAAUUCAGUGAAGCUGAAGUACGAGUUGAACUUGUCCAAGACCAAGACAGACAAGUAUAUAACAACACACAGAAAAUACCUAAAAUUUACAGCCUAUCAGCUCUAAACUACACCAUCAAUGGUCUUAGUCUACAGCCAGACUCGAAUGUAUUUGAACUUCAGAACAACGAGAGUACAAUCACGUUCUGUUGCCGAGAUUUGCCGUCACCUUGUAGAGCAAACAUUAAACAUCAACAAGAACUUGUGGCUUCUGGUGAACUUUGUGCUGCCUACAACAUCAGCUCUACAUAUCUGCAGGGGAGUUUCAAUCUCACUUUGGCUUACGAUAUCUGUAACAUUACAAAAGAAAAGGAAAUCACCUUUAAAAUAGAAAUCGCAGCAUCAUUACCAGAAGGUCAGAUGAGUAUAGUUUUACUUUCGCUGGUGGUAGCUGUUUCUGUAUCUACAUCACUUUUGAUUGUUUCUGUCUGUUACAUUAGAGCCAAACAUGGCCGAGAGCUAAAACACGAAAGAAAUGUUUAUACCCCAAUGUACUUUUCACACAACAGCAUGACAGGAUCGCCACCUCUAGAAGAUCCAACCCAGGAUUCUCAAUCAGCGUACAGCAUCCCAAGAAACCCCAGCCCCUACGACUCUGUCCCCAUAGUGGGGUCAGAGGUCACGGGAUUGGGCUCGCCCUUGGGGGGCCCUGACCCCAGGUAUAUUGUCAAUACCACCGACGACACUGAGGGGAGGCAAAUCAGCCUGAACCCAACUUUGAGCCAAGGUCCCAAAGAAAAAAUGUCCGUGUACCUUAAUGUGAAAAUAAAUUGACUCUCAGUCCGAACAAACCGGACUUUCACAU